ACCACCACUGUCAACAUUGCGAAAGUUGUCUCAACGAUGCACCUGGAAAUGGUAAAUCCACUCGUUAACUUAAACAUGGAAGAGCUGACAACUCCUGUCCGAGAGCAACAUAAAUUCAAUGUUGACAGACUUCAGAGAUAUUUGUCUGCCAAUUCACGGGUGUCACAUAAUGACACGCUCACUGUCAGACAGUACAGCGCUGGUCAGUCAAACCCAACCUUCCUAAUUCAAACUCCCUCAAACAGCUAUGUGCUCAGGAAGAAACCUCCUGGUGAGCUGCUGCCAGGAGCACACAAGGUGGACAGGGAGUACCGGGUGCAGAAGGCCCUGUUCUCUGCUGGCUUCCCUGUACCUGAGCCUCUGUUGCACUGCACUGAUGCUGAAGUCAUUGGAACGGAGUUCUACGUAAUGGAGCAUGUGAAGGGGCGCAUAUUCAGGGAUCUUCGUCUCCCUGGAGUGAGUGCAGCAGAGAGAGCAGCUCUGUAUGUGGCUGCAGUGGAAGUGUUGGCAAAGCUACACUCACUGGACCUGGCAUCAAUGAACCUCGAAGGGUAUGGAAAAGGAUCAGGUUACUGCAAGAGACAAGUGUCCACCUGGACGAAGCAGUACAACGCAGCAGCCCACACAGACAUUCCAGCCAUGAAUCAACUGUCUGAUUGGUUGAUGAAGAAUUUGCCAGCCAGUGAUGACAAGGUCACACUUGUCCAUGGAGAUUUCCGAAUGGACAACUUGAUAUUCCAUCCAACAGAGACUCGUGUGAUAGCAGUGUUGGACUGGGAGCUGUCUACCACUGGGCAGCCCUUGGCAGACUUUGCCUACUUCCUCAUGCCUCACUACUGGCCUACAUACAUUAAACUCACCAGCACAAUGGGCAGCCUACAAGGAAUAGAAGGUAUACCAACUGUGGAUGACCUGACCUCCAUGUACUGCCAUUGUCGGGGGAUCCCAUUUGCUUUGCCACAGCUGAAUUUCUACCUAGCCCUGUCUGUCUUUAAAAUGGCAGGAAUUUCCCAGGGUAUCUACACACGCCACCUACUGGGUAAUGCCAGUGCUCCCAAUGCAGCUGAGUUCGGCCAGUGUGUGGAGCCCUUGGCUAAGGUUGCCUUGCAGCUUGCACACAGGUCUGUCGCAGGCCCAACAGAACGGUCCGAUGCUCUGUUCCUUCAGACAGCUAAAGGUCGGGCUGUUCUCCAGCAGGUCAAAGACUUCAUGAGACAAUACGUGCUUCCUGCUCAGGAGGAAGUUGCAGAAUACUACUCCAAACACGCUCAGUCUCCACAAAGAUGGCACACCCCACAAAUUAUAGAGGAUCUAAAGGUGAAAGCCAGGGAGGCAGGGCUGUGGAACCUGUUCCUGCCUGCAGUCAGCGGUCUCAGUCAGUUGGACUAUGCCUACAUUGCAGAGGAAACCGGACGCUGCCUCUUCGCCCCCGAAGUCUUCAACUGCCAAGCUCCUGACACAGGAAAUAUGGAGGUGCUCCACAUGUUCGGCAGUGAGGAGCAGAAGAAGAAAUGGUUGGAGCCUCUCCUCGGAGGAGAGAUCCGCUCCUGCUUCUGUAUGACAGAGCCUGAUGUGGCCUCCAGUGACGCAACCAACAUGGAGUGCACACUUUACAGGGAUGAAGACAACUACGUCAUAAACGGCAAGAAGUGGUGGAGCAGUGGUGCUGGCAAUCCCCAAUGCAAAGUAGCCAUUGUGAUGUGCAGGAGCGGAUCUCAGGAUGUGAGCAGCAGGCAUGGCCAACACAGUAUGAUCCUCGUCCCCAUGGACACACCAGGUGUUAAGCUUGUCAGACCGCUCACCGUGUUCGGACAGGAUGAUGCCAUCCAUGGUGGCCACUUUGAAGUGCACUUUGAA